AUGUCCGCUACUUCGACUAUCACCUCCACCACCAGAGAAUCAACUGUUGUGCAUCCUAUUGUAGUACAAUUUAUCGGUCGUCUUGGCACUGAGGUCCCUAACGCACGUCGAAAUGCGCUUGGUUUUGUUUCCCAUGAGACUAUGAUUUCGACAUCUGGCUUUGAUCGAACCUCCCCGUACAAUACCGCCAUCCUCUUGACUGCGCCCAAGGGUGCCAUCGAUAAACUUCACCAGGGCGAUGUGUACGCCAUCAGUUGUAAGUUGAUCAGUUCAAACAACCGCAGGCUUGAUGAUCUCUAUUGCGGAACGACUACAAUAUUGAGGAUUGGGAAGAAUGAUUCUAUUGGUGUCGAGUACGAGAAAGAUGUCAUGAACAAGGUCUUGAUGGUGGCUUUGGGGAUUAUAGUGAAGAUGGAGACGGUUCCAAAGGGUGACGGGAAGCGUGGUGGCGAAAUAGUGUUGACUUUGAAAUCCGUUGAUUUUGAUCCAAUAGACCAGAGCCCAGUGUGCUGGAUGACGAAGCAUAUCAUUGAACGGUGUCAUCAAUCGGAUAAGUUUCAUUCAUUUUGUAAGGAGGGAGCUGAGGUCCAGAUCGCGGGGUUGAUUGAAGGGUACGAUGAUAAAGAGUGGGCUUGGGAAACCCGGGUUUACAACAUAACCCCGUGUAACAAUAGCACACCCAACCCGAACGUCACAGAAAAAGGAAAGAGUGGGGAUGCGUGUGACUCUUCCGUCGCGAAGGUCGCAUGCCAAAAGGAAGACAAGAUGGCCGCAGGGAUCAAUACAAGCCAUAAACGCAAAGCCACCAAGUCGCGCAUUUUAGCCGCACGUUGGAAUAAGCGGGUGAAGGUCAAUGCUGCCCAUCGGGCAAUGCACAUGGUGCUUUGUGGGUUUUUGGUUGCAAGGGGGGCGGGAGUUGUAGACAGCACAAACCGGAAUUGUGUGCUGUUUCUGGGGUGUAGCGCGAUGUUACAUAUCUACCAAAACACCAUCACCAAACCGCCUGGACAAAAAGCUCACGCGUUGAAGAUGAAUCUCACAAGCUGUUUCCUCCUUUACUUAAUCAGUAUGGAACACCUAGUCAAUGGAAUGCAUUUGGCGCAUUGCGUACCGCCAGCAGACAUUGGUGACACUGGUACUCCAAGUAUUGCCUUGUCGUCCACAACAGCUCCAAUGAGUGAGGAAAAAAUCAAUAAUGAUCGACACCUUGUGGAAAACUUUGAAGCAUAUCAAAGCAAAUAUAUGCCAGCUUCAGCCCCACAGGGUUUUAAAGAUGCCUUGAAUCACCUCCGAUUCUUUGCACCGAUGUGA